GCUUUUCUUUCGGUCGGUGAGUUCCAGGGAGCCGGGGGAGUGGGAAGCGUCGCUCGGGACGUCCUGCAAAAAGCGAAGGCUGGGUCCGCUUGCUGCUGUCUCCUGUCUAAAGGGCAGGGGAGCGAGAGAGAGAUCCUUUCCCCUGGCCCCGUUUGCGGGUCAGGUAGACCUCUUCUAUCCAAGGAGGCUUUCUUCGUCGCCAUAGGGUCAAACGGGCAGGAAAAGAUUUUUACCCUCUGCGAAGCGAUGCGUAUUGUGAAGGAUUCCUCCAUGACUAGAUGUGAAAUCUGUUGCGAGAUUUUUGGAAUGUGCUGCAGUUUGUCCUAUGCACUGUACGAAUUGCACCAUCAAUGUAAGAGCAAUUGCCUUCUUCAAGCCAGUCCCUUCAGCUCAGUUGGGAGACAAGUGGAUUCCUCUUGCUGGGCUGCCAGAACAGUCUGAACCUAGAGCAAAGAUUGAUCGAUCGCUUGUCACUAACGACCCAGUGACUCUUUUUAUUCUUUUUAUAUUGGAUUUUUGAAAUUGUUUGUCAGCCGCCCUCAGUCACUAAAAGUGAGCAGGCGGCCUUCAAAAUUCUCUAAAUAAAUAAAAGAUUUCUGGCAAGGAAGGGAAGUUGCAUUCAAACAGAGGCUGUGUGCUGGAUGCAAAGAUGAAACAAUUAGACCCAUUGGUGGAUCUGAAUUUGGAUAAAGGCCCCGAUGAGACUUUUAUUCCUGGACAGCUUCCGGGCUGCCUUGCAUCGAAACAGAUCAAACGAGAUCCUGAAGGAGAACAAGCCAAGGAUUGGGAAAGCCAGGGGCAGGAAUCUUUAAAGGUAAGGCAUCUCUCUCAUUCAGUUAGGAGGCAGAGGAAUUCUGACCCCUGGGACGAUGCCAAGAUCUUCCUGAUCUCCUUCGAGCAAGUGGCUGAAGCUUGCCGGUGGCCUAAAGCCGAAUGGAUGGCCCGGCUUUUACCGGCACUGACCGGAUCAGCCAGAGAGGCCUUUAAUGGCCUAGAAACCGUAGACCAAGAGGAUUAUGGGAAAGUCAAGGCUGCCAUCUUGCGAGGGGCAGCUUUCAAAAUGGAGGCCCAGCGCCAGCGCUUUCGCCAGUUCCGCUACCAGGAGGUUGAAGAUCCGCGGAGGGUUUACGGUGACCUCCGGGAGCUUUGCUAUCAGUGGCUGAAGCCAGAGAAACACACCAAGGAGGAGAUUCUGGAGCUGCUGAUCCUGGAGCAGUUCCUGGCUAUCCUGCCCCCGGAGAUCCAAAGCUGGAUCCGGGAAUGUGACCCAGAGAAUUGGAUCCAAACUACAGACCUGAUGGAGGAUUUCCUGAGGAGCCAACAGGAGGCAGAGAUGUGGAAACAACAGGUGCCAGUAGCUUCCAAAGAUAGGAUUGGAGAUGCAUGCAGUCCUGUAAAGGAACUGCUGUUUGUGGAGAAUGAAGAGCAUAUUCUUGGGGAUUGGAGAUCAGCACAUCCAGAUGAUGAAAACAGCCCUUGUAACCAUCCAGUAACUUUUCCUCCACCUGAGGGACAAGACUUUGUAGAAACAGGACCAAAUGAGGGAUCGGUGGAUUUAGAACUGGCUGUGCAUUUCACGGAGGGAGAAUGCUCUUCCCUGGACCCAGCCCCAAAAGCCUUUUACAAAGAGAUUCUGCAAGAUGGUCGUGAAAAGGAAACAUCUUUGGUCGCCUCAUUUUUUGUGGAAGAUCGAAACAGUUUUACCAUGAAUGUUGGAGUCGACAAGACUGGGGAGGACAAAAUGCAAGACAGUCUCGUAAACCUUAAAGAAAGAGAGAACGAGGGACGUGAUAGUCAGGAGGUGAAAGACAACGAGAAAAAGAUAAUAGAAGACAACAGAAAUGAGGACUCCACAUCUACCAGGGAUGAUUUACAGGAGCUGCAGGGGAUUAAACUGGAACAAGGUGAAAGCGCCAAGGCCUCGGUGACGGAAAAGGAGGAGGAUGAAGAAGACAGAAACCACAAGAAGGUGCAGCCUGAUUCAGACAUGAUUGACCUGAGUCAAGUGAAAGAAGAAGAGGAAGAAGAAGGCAAGGAAGAGAACAGCAGUGGGGAGAUAGUGGAGUCUGGAUGCAUUGAGAGCAGAGAAGAAGACGAGCCGCUGGCUGGGAGACUAGAGGAGAUCAAGCAAAGAUACGGAAAUUUGUGUCAGAACAGCACCGUUUUCCAAGAAAUGAUCCUGCGGCUCAAAGCUGGAUGGAGGAACCAAAAUAAGGAACGUGAUUGUUUGCCUGGGGGCUCGGAGGGACUGCAGCUGAACAGGAUGAUGUGGGGCGGAGAUGAAGUCAGCUUUACCCCCAGCGUUGGGGGCCAAUUGGCGGCCCUGGACAGUCCCUCGAGGACGGUGGAUUGUCUGCUGGAGGCCAGAGCUCCAAUCUCGAUCCCGUUCGGCGGGGGCUUCUUCGACUUCAGCGAGUUUGCGGUCCAGCAGAGCUUCCUUCAGAGGAAAGGCCAGGAGCUCUCCAAAACGUUUGGGUCAGGCCUGAGCUCCGGCGUGGUGGAGCUCCGAACUCAGGAGAAGCCGCUACUGGGGGAGAAACCCUACGAGUGCAACGAGUGCGGGAAAAGCUUCGGCAAGCGCGCCACCCUGAACACCCACGGCCGGACGCACACGGGGGAGAAGCCCUUCCAGUGCUCGCACUGCGACAAGCGCUUCAGCCAGAGCUCCCACCUCCAGCUGCACAAGCAGACCCACACAGCGGAGAAGCCCUACAAGUGCAACGAGUGCGGGAAGAGCUUCGGCAAACGCUCCACCCUGAACACCCACGGCCGGACGCACACGGGGGAGAAGCCAUUCAAGUGCUCGCACUGCGACAAGCGCUUCAGCCAGAGCUCCCACCUCCAGCUGCACGAGCGGACGCACACGGGGGAGAAGCCCUACAAGUGCCUGCUGUGCGAGAAGAGCUAUAACCAGCGGUCCAGCCUCAUCAUCCACGAGCGGAGCCACACGGGCGAGAAGCCCUACUCCUGCCUGGAGUGCGGGAAGAGCUUCAGCCAAAAGGCCACCCUGGUCCUCCACGAGAAGAGCCACCGUGGGGAGAAGCCCUACAAGUGCCUGGAGUGCGGCAAGGGCUUCAGCCUGAGCGCCGACCUCAUCCGCCACCAGAGCAUCCACACGGGGGAGAAGCCCUACACCUGCUCCGAGUGCGGGAAGAGCUUCAGCCAAAACUCUCACCUCAUGGCGCACAUCCGGACCCACACGGGCGAGAAGCCCCACAAGUGCCUGGAGUGCGGCAAGGGCUUCAACUGGAGCUCGGAGCUCAUCGCCCACGAGCGGACGCACACCGGCGAGAAGCCCUACCAGUGCCUCUACUGCGCCAAGAGCUUCAGCGUCCGGUCCAGCCUCAGCAAACACGAGCGGACCCACACGGGCGAGAAGCCCUUCGUCUGCCCACAGUGCGGGAAGGGCUUCAUCCAGCGCUCCAGCUUGGUGGCGCACGAGCGCUCCCACACCGGCGAGCGGCCCUACCUGUGCCUGGGCUGCGGCAAAGGCUUCCGGGAGAGCUCGCAGCUCAUUGCCCACGAGCGGACCCACACCGGCGAGAAGCCCUACGUCUGCUCGGAGUGCGGCAGCUGCUUCAAAGCCAAGGCCGCCCUCCUCCGCCACCAGCGCGGUCACUUUGGCCUCAACUCGUUCAUCUGUGCCGACUGUGGGAAGAUUUUCUCCUCAGCCGCGGAGUCCACGGAGAAGUGUCCCGAGUGCGUGAACCUGAGCCUGAUGUCGGAUCUCGUGCAGGCGUCGGAAGAGGCUGAUCUGGAAACGGCCGAAGGAGCGGGACAAAGUGACGAUGCUAAGAUGUGAACGGGCGAGGCCGGCUGGGCCUUGGGUGUUCUGCUUUUUUUUGACGGGCGUACAGCCAGCUUCCUCUUCAGACCCCGCAAAAGGGACUGUGCUGCGGCCGACGGAGGGCCGGUUUUGUCGACAGGAGGUGACUGGGCUGCUGAAUGCCUCCCCCUCAGAUGUGAGAUGGCCAUCGCAGUUUUGGUUCCUGUUGCCAAACCGGGCCCGUUUCAGACCCUUUUGGAGGGAAACUGGAAACGCAGAGAGGGGACCGGAAUCAGGUGGAUCCGAAAACGAAAGAGAAUGCCUGAAGUUUUAGUAUCGUCCUUUGCUACCCAGGGCCUAAAAUGCAGUUCCUGGUCAACUGGAAAGUUGGAUCUGUAGCAGAGGAACCCUGCGUCUUUGAGGCUCUUUUUUGGGGUCCACGGGUCCCCUUGCUGUCUCUCCGAAGAGACUUUGGUUUCACAGAGGGGUUUUUUUAAAUGAACUGUGCUCAACUUUUUAAUGGAUUUGAGCCGUAGAGAACUUUUACCUCACUAAAUCCUAGUGGAUGCAUGUGAAAUACUCUGGGACCGGUGGCUGGCCUUCAGAUAGGGCUUGAGUCAGCCUACCUGAGCACAGAGCCAGGAUAUAUAUUUUUUUGCCUUGCAUCAAAAAAUAGUGGCACAGAAGCAAAAAAUACCAGAGGGGACAUUAACGGAGGAAAACUGGUUUGGUCACGUUGGACCUUGAGCAACCAAUUCGAUCCCUAUCUCGUUUCACAUUUGCUUUAGAGAGCAAGCUCAGCUGACUAGGUUUUUAUUAUUUAUUCGAUAGCUAGAUUAGAAGUGCGAGCUUUUUCUCCCUUCGGAUGAAACGAGGGUGAUUUGGGAGGACAUCCCAAUGAACGUGGGAACAUCCAGGUCCAAGGUGGCUGGAAUGAAAGGCAGCUUUCCAGACGGGCACCCCGGUGAAGAGAGAUUGCAGGAAAACAUACGCCUGAACACAACUCUUUUCCAAGAAAGCCGUUCUAGGCACAUCAGGAAGGUGUGGCUCUGUUACAAGAGAGGGAAAAAUGAACUUUUAACAGUUUUGCACUUAACUCCCUGGAAGUGGAAAGCUAGUAGCUCGGGGCUAGUACAAGACUAUCUCUUGUACUACUUGCAGUGAACCUGUUCCGUAAAUAAACCUAUUUAGGCAGCAUUUUUCCUCCUGUUUGCCCUACAGUAGUGUAUCUCAACCUUGACAACUUUUAAG